AUGGCUUUUGCGACGGGAGCAUCAGCGCGCGUCACCAGUCCCGAGGACGAGCGACUGCUAGAGACAAGCUCAGCACGACGGCCCCGACGGAAGCCUUUGCCGGAUGGCGCGCAUGUGGACGCGGAGACUAACAACGACGAACCCCUUCAUAAGGCUGAGCCUUUCCCUAGCGAAGACCACUCUCCUAACGCUGAACCUUUACCUAGCGAUGAACAGCCUCUCAACACUGAACCGUCUCCUCACGAUGAACAAUCUCCUCGCGUGGGACGGUCUUCGCACAAUGAACCGUCUCCCAUCGAUCAACGCUCUCCCAGCGAGAGAGCCUCUUCCAAUGACGAACAGGAUACACCGACUGUAUCGGACUCGAUUCCAUCAUCCCACGACGUCGCAAAGCACCGUCAUAACUUGCUGCGCCUCUGGUACCCCGAGCUACUGACUCUCGCGCUCUCUCUGGCCGCGUUUGCUGGCAUCAUAGCAGUGGUGGUGCCUUACGUAGGCAAAGGUCUACCCGACUGGCCACGCGCGAUAUCAGUCAACGCAAUCAUCUCUAUCUUGACGGUAACGCUUCGGGCUGGGGUAGUGUAUGUCAGUGCUCAAGCGCUCAGUCAGCAUAAAUGGACCUGGUUCUCGCAAAGCAGGCCAUUGAGUCAUAUGACUAUAAUUGAUGGAGCGAGUCGUGGCCCAUGGGGCUGCGUGUUGCUGCUCGCCUCACCAUCUUCCUGGAGCGUGUCUGCAGCUCUCGCCGCGGCCAUCAUAAUUCUCAGUAUAGCAACGGGCCCCAUGGUGCAACAGCUUGUUAGGUAUGAGGCUUGUCAGCUUCCGUCAAGCAAUUCUAAGGCUUUCAUCCCACGCCAAGCGUUGUACUGGUAUAUGAACAGCGACGACGCAACUCGAUCGCCGCCUUCAUCAGUGCAAUCAGCGAUAUUCGAUGGUGUAUUUGCUUCUGAUCCGAGCCAAACAUUGGCCUCCUGUCUGUCAGGAACCUGUUCAUUUCCCGAGGUCUUUCAUACUGUCGGGGUCUACUCGUCAUGCACUGAUGUCACUGCGCAAUUGACAAUCGCACGACCGACUGAGGACUUGGGUGACGUUAGAGGAAUCAACUACACGCUGCCGUCUUGGAAUGAUGCCCAUGGUAGCAAACUGGACAAUCUGACCCUUUCGACAACAAUAUAUUCCAAACAAGAUCCUACAUACGCUCAACAUUUGUUAUCUCAGGUCCCGUCGUAUGAGCACUGUGGCAAGACACUGGCUCCAUUCCGAUUUAUCUUUGAACUUGACUCCACUAUGAUGAAAGUCAACUGUACACAACAGGAGGCGGAUGAUGCUGGGACAUCUUGGCAAUGUAGAGGCUAUGCUGCUGUGGAAUGCAACAUCAAGCCCCAUGUCAGUUCGAUCAACGCUACAGUCAUCAACGGAACGACGACAGAGACAGUGGUGAACAGUACUGAGACUUGGGCCGUUGGAUCAGUUCGUGGAUCAGAUCACGGAUACGCUCUCCCCACAGACACCGACUGGAUGGCUUACGACCUCAGCAUUGAGCCAAAAGACGGCGACUGGUACAACUUGACGGACGCAGGUAACACAAGACACGUCCCAUAUGCUAACAACGAAACACUUGCCGAUGCUGCACUCCAAUCUAUCGACCCGAUGUGUCUUUUUCAAAUGAGCCAACACUCUCAUUGCAGCAUGCAUACAUGGCUGGGAACGCUACUAGAUGGCAGUAUCACGCAACAUAGUCGGUUGAUUGGCCCUGCAGCAUUACUGAAACUACUCAACAGCCCCAAGAUUUCGUUGCCAUUUGUGCAGCAGGUCUUUAGUAACAUUGCUGCAAGUAUUUCUUCUGAAAUGCGUGCUACCGGAAGCCCAGAGCUACCAUCUACCCUUACGGACGGCAAGCCCCCCAAAAACGUUUCCGACGCCAACUCUCCAGCGGCAGGCGUACUCAUGGAGCCCGCCACAUGCGUCCAUGUCCAGUGGCUGUGGCUCAUCUUUCCAGCGGCUCUCAUUGCACUCACUGCCACCCUACUCGUCAUGACCAUGUUCAAUUCCUCGCUCAAGGUCAAUCGACUUGGCUACGAAGUCGUAAGUACCACAGAAAAACCGUCAGCAUAUCUCCCAACAAGAGGCCAUCCGUGGGGUGUCUGGAAUUCGUCGAUACUACCUUUGAUGUAUCAUGGACUGGACGACGACAAUCUCCGGCGCGAAUGUCCCUCGGCCGUGUUGCCAUUGGAAGUGAUGGAAGAGACCGCAAAGUCCACGAAGGCACAAUUUGAACACACCGACAAAGGCUGGAAGCUGGUCAAGACGGACUGA